AUGCAGACGAUGGAGGCUUCAGAAGAUUGCAUCGAGUCCUCGUUGGAGGAAGCGCGGCGUGGCACUCAACGCUUCCCCUACGGACGAUGGACGCACAUCAACGCCUCAUACGAGAUCUCCGCCGCCGGGGUCUUUACAGAGAGGCUUCAGCCAGGACAGACUGCACGGGGCCAGCUGCGCCAACAUGAAGCUACUCCUUGGGCAUGGUCUGUGCAGCUGUCUGAGGAUCCGCGUAAUGUCGGGCAGAUUUCCUUCCAAUUGACUGAGGAAUGCCAAUUGAGAUCCGUCUAUGUCGACGAGAAUGGCCACAAAAAAGGACAACAGCGAGCCAUUCGGGGAUGA